AUGGGCCUCCUAGCAUUAGGAACGGCACUGGAUUGGCCGGAUGCCAAGAAGCAGGCUGAUCAUGUCAGAUCGUGGGGGAUCCGGCAACUGCUGGAAAUAUGGAAUAAGGCUAAGGGCAAGGAGCGGGAUGCUAUGCUUUGGGGUGAUGAGGUUGAGUACCUCGUCGUGACGUACUCGGAGGACGACCCGAAGGUGUUGCUGUCUCUGAGACAAGCCGAUAUCCUGGCGGCCCUGGCCGGAGAUAAGGAUCUGGCCAAGGCUGCUCAUACGCCUAAUGGUUUUGCUGCGCAACUCAGCCAGCCUCCUCCGGUGUUCCACCCUGAGUUCGGGCGGUUCAUGCUUGAGGCUACCCCAGGGAAACCGUGGGGGAUUGAGUUCAAGGAGCUGUUGGAGGUUGAGCCGAACAUGAAGCUGAGGAGGAUCAUUGCCAAAGAACACAUGCGCCCCAACGAACACCCCAUCACCUUGACGACCUUCCCCACGCUCGGCAGCCCCGGCGUGUUCAGUAGCCCGCAUUAUCCGCCCUCGGGCUCCCGGCUGCGGUCUCAGUUUGUCCCCGACGAGAUCGCCAACCCGCACAUCCGCUUCCCCACGCUCGCCGCCAACAUCCGCUCUCGCCGCGGCCGCAAGGUCCAGGUCAACGUGCCCGUCUUCCGCGACGAGUUGACGCCGUGGCCCUGGAAAGACCCCACGGUCAACUACGACCUGCACCAGUGGCCCGAGGAUGACGAUGUGCGCAACGGCGCGGCCCCCGAUAACUUCAUCCACAUGGACGCCAUGGCCUUCGGCAUGGGCAGCUGCUGCCUACAGAUCACCUUCCAAGCCAAGAACCUGACCGAAGGCCGCCAGAUGUACGACCAGCUCAGCCCGCUGGGCCCCAUCAUGCUGGCACUCACGGCGGCCACGCCGAUCUACAAGGGCUUCUUGGCCGACACGGAUGUGCGGUGGAACCAGAUCAGCAACGCCGUCGAUGACCGCACGCCAGAGGAGAUGGGCGAGAAGCCGCUGGUGAACGACCGGUGGCGAAUCCCCAAGUCGCGGUACGCCUCCAACUCGACGUACAUCUCCGAGGACCCACGCCUACGCCCCGAGUACCUCGACCCAGACCUCGUCAUCGACGAGAGCAUCAAGCAGCAGCUCGUCGACGGCGGCAUGGACGACCGACUCGCAACCCACUUCGCCCACCUCUUCAUCCGCGACCCGAUCGUGAUCUUCUCAGAAGACCUACAAGAACUCGACCUCAACAAAACCGACCACUUCGAGAACAUCCAAAGCACCAACUGGCAGCACAUGCGCUUCAAACCCCCUCCAGCAGACAACAGCAUCGGCUGGCGGGUCGAGUUCCGCCCGAUGGAGAUCCAAAUCACCGACUUCGAAAACGCCGCCUUCGCCGUCUUCAUCGUGCUCAUCACCCGUGUCAUCCUCAGCUACAACCUCAACUUCUACAUCCCCAUCAAGCGAGUCGACGAGAACAUGGAGACCGCCCACGCCCGUGAUGCCGUCCUCGAUCGCCGCUUCUAUUUCCGCCGUAACCUCUUCCGUCCGUCCCGCUCGUCGGCGUCGGGGGCGUCGACCCCGACUACUAACCCCAGCCGUCCGCCUACCCCGACGGGGCCGGUUGAGGAUGAGUACCGUCUUAUGUCUGUCAAUGAGAUCAUCAACGGGACCGCCUACGCCCGCGCGACGAAAUUCAAGACCAAGCCCCAAUCCACUUCCACCCCAGAAACAGAAACAGAAACAGACGAAACACAAGAUGAUGACACAGAAGACGAAGACUUCUUCCCCGGCCUAAUCCCCCUCGUAGAAUCCUACCUCGACUCCGUCAACAUCGACGUGCAAACCCGCUGCCAACUCGCCCGCUACCUGGACCUCAUCCGUCUACGCGCUAGCGGCGAACUGUGCACAGCCGCCCGCUGGAUUCGACAACUCGUCGCGUCCCAUCCGCGGUAUGCACGGGAUAGUGUGGUGGGGGAGGAGAUUACGAGGGAUUUGGUCGAGGCUGUUAUUAGGGUUGGGGAGGGGGGUGCUGAGCAGGGUGGGUGUGGUGGGAACGGGAAGGUUGUGGGGGGGAGGGGGAGGGAGGUUAGGGGGGUCAGGGAGUUGUUGGGGAGGUUUUUGUAG